AUGAUCACAUUGGACAGAGUGAUUCUGGCAGAUUAUGGCCCAAGUUGGAGGGACCAUCGCCGCUUUGCUCUGAUGACCUUGAGGAGAUUUGGUCUGGGGAAGAAUUCCAUGGAGGAAAGGAUUCAUGGAGAGAUAAAAUACAUCAUUGAUACACUGGAGAAGAGCAUUGCGUCCAACAUCAUCUGCCAGGUUCUGUUUGGUACACGCUACGAGUAUGAUGACGAAUUCAUCAAAGUGAUUGUUCAGUGCUUUACUGAGAAUGCCAAGUUGGCCAAUGGACCGUGGGCUAUGGGUUCGGCCACACUGUUCUCCAGGACCUCUUUGAGGCUACCUCAGUUCAAUUACUGCAUUUUCAAACCAUUCAUAGUUGGUUAUUGGACUUAUUAUAUUGUCUCUGCUGUACCAGAGCAUUGUCAGCAGGAGAUAGACAAGGUGUUGGAGGGGAAGGAUCGAGCCAGUUUUGAUGACAGGCACAACAUGCCCUACAUGCAGGCUGUGAUCCAUGAAGUGCAGAGAGUAGCCAACACUGUUCCUAGCGUCUUCCACUGUACAACUAAAGACACAGAACUCAUGGGAUAUUCCAUUCCUAAGGGUACACUGAUCAUCCCUAACAUGAUCUCUGUGCUGAGUGAGGAGGGACAAUGGAAAUACCCCAAUGAAUUCAACCCUGAAAACUUCCUCAAUGACCAGGGAGAGUUUGUGAAACCAGAGGCCUUCAUGCCUUUCUCUGCAGGUCCUCGCACGUGUCUCGGAGAGGGUCUGGCUCGUAUGGAGCUCUUCCUCGUCUUGGUGACGCUGUUGAGGAAGUUUAAGUUCAUCUGGCCUGAGGAUGCAGGAGAGCCAGACUACACCCCGGUCUAUGGGGUCACUCUGACUCCCAAACCUUAUCACAUGAAGGUCCAACUCAGGGAAAUGCAGUGAGCCCAGAAUUUAUCCAAAAUGAUGUUUUGACCAUCAUCAGGAAACAGAAAAUGACCAGCCAACAACAUGUUGAGCAGCAACAACAAAUCUGGAACAUUUUUGUACGGCCUGUAGGGCACACUGUUUGGCCCAGGGGCUAGCUUUGCUUGCCGAACUUCUAUUUCCAGCUCUUGUGAAAAACUAAUCAAUGAAUCAGUCAGUUUCUUUGUAACAUGAAUAAGUACAGUAUAAAGUAUAACUUCAACAAAAUGCAAUCCAGUCAGUUUCCUCAAUCUGUGAAUUGCAAUAUAUUCCCUUUCCAUUUCCUUUACUGCACUUCUUACAUUGUAGGCUGUUUCCAGACUGCAGCCCCAAGUUGUGGGACAGCCACACAGAGUGUGUCUUUAUGAUAUUCCAGAUGAUUCUGGUUGUGAAAUGAUUUAACUGUAGUUUUGGGUUCAGUUGUGUCGUUGUUUUACAAAUUAAAUCCACCACAGACUUGGUAAUGUUGACGGCGGUGUCCUGGAACGGGCUCCAGACUGCGUCAGUAGUGCAGACUGUAGGAUGGCCACUGAUUGGCCCGACCUCUUGUGUAAUAUGUCUGCGUAUUUUGACCUCAGCAAGAUGGCCACAUGGACAGGAAAGUUGUUAUUGCCUAAAUCUAACCAAAUUUUGAUUGUAAUAUUGCAACAUAAUAAAACAGACUUAUUUUUCAACAAAGAUUUUAACACUUUUAGAAGUAACGGAAAAAAUUACGUUGUCGUGCUGAUAGGGACAUCAGAUCAGAAAACCACUGUGAGUUUCACUGGAGAACUUGUUGCUUUCAUGACAUGUUUUGAUAUGCAGUUGGUUUA